UAAGCAAAGCUUCAGUUGACUGACCGGUCGUGGUCGAGCAUAUACUUCGGUUUAUUUUUUUCUCUUCAAAUACAAUAUUGUGCUGAUUGAAAUAUUCGGAAAUUUGUGUAGUUUUUUUUUAAUUUUUUCAAAAAUGGAAAAGUGUUCCUUGAUCGCAAUAUUUGCGGUCUUCAAUUUGUUUGCAUCGAUUGAAGCCGCUCCACGAGCUCUUGAUGCUACCGAAUUGAAGAAUUUGAGUGCAAUCGCCAAUAUUGAAACGCCCGUUCGAUAUGAUGGUGCACAACUUUGGAGUGUGAAUUUUGCUGACGAAUUCAGCAAACGUGUGGUCAUCGGUUUAAAGAGAAAUUUCGAUGUGGCACUGUGGAGUACAAAUGGUUCAGAGGUGGAUGUCUUUUUGAAAAAAGAUGCUGUCGAUGGAGUACGUCAAGUGUUAACUGACAAUAACAUUCGAUAUACAAUUCUCAUCGCCGAUAUGCAGAAGCAAAUUGAAACCGAGAAUCCACCGCAAGAGGAAAUCGAAGCGCUCCAAAACCGAAACGGUCAUCGUUUAACAUGGCGUGCGUACCAUCGACUCAGUGAUAUCUUCUCGUACUUGGACUAUUUGGUUGCAACAUACCCUGACUUGUGUUCAAUUCAAACCAUUGGAUAUUCGCACGAAAGACGACCAUUAAAAGUUUUAAGAAUAUCGGAUGGAAAUCCGAAAAAUAAGGCAAUUUGGAUUGAUGGUGGUAUUCAUGCGCGUGAAUGGAUCAGUCCGGCAUCGGUAACAUACUUUGUGAAUGAUUUGGUGGAAAAUUGGGACGAUCAGCCGUCAUAUAUUCGUAGCAUAACUUGGUAUGUUUUACCGGUGCAUAAUCCAGACGGGUAUGAAUACACACACCGAUCCGAUCGAUUGUGGCGUAAAAAUCGCAGUGGUGGAAAUACCGGUCGUUGUGGUGGUGUCGAUUUGAAUCGAAACUAUGGAUACAAAUGGGGAGGCAAAGGAACUUCAGCAAAUCCAUGCCAGGAAAUUUAUGCCGGACGCGGUGCUUUCUCCGAGCCUGAAACAGCAGCUGUCAAACGAUUCUUCGAUAAUAAGCGUGAAAACUUCUACGCAUUCUUGACAUUUCACAGUUACGGUCAAUACAUUUUGCAUCCAUGGGGCUAUGAAGAUGUUGUACCACCCGAUUACAAAGACUUGGAACGUGUCGGCAAAGAAGGUGCACAGAAUAUGAGAAAUCUAGACAAUCAAGUUUACACGGUGGGACCGUCGGCGGCAUUACUGUAUCCAGCUGCGGGUGGCUCGGAUGAUUGGGCCAAAAGUAUUGGCAUUAAAUACAGUUACACAAUCGAAUUGCGUGACAAGGGCCGUUAUGGUUUUGUUUUGCCUGCCCAAUACAUUGAGCCUACGGCCAAAGAGGCUUGUACAUUUGUUCAUACUGUAUCGCGUGCGGUGGCCAACAUUCGUCGAUCCGAUGAAUAGAAGGCUGUUGCAAUUCCGCUAAUCAUUAAUCGAUCAAGUUGAAAACACAGAAACAAAAAAAAACUUUCAAUGCAAUAACAAGUUUUCCAACUGUGCAUUUGGCGUAGGAAAUUAAAUCCCCGAAGCCAAGCCAAGCCAAGCCAAAACAAAAACAACAAAAAAGUAGUAUGCUUGGAUCUAAUUGUAGCCAAUCCCAUAUUAAUUUAUUAUAUUUUGAUGUAGAGAAUAAAAUGAAACCCAUAUGAUAUAAACACGAAACUUACGCAUUUU